GGAAGGUGAGAAGGAGGGAGGAAGGUGAGAAGGAGGGAGGAAGGUAAGAAGGAGGGAGGAGAGAAGGAGGAAGGAAUCAGGAGAGGAGGAAGGGGAGGAGAGAAGGAGGAAGGUAAGGAGGAGAGACAGAGGGAGGAAUCACGAGAGGAGGAAGGUAAGAAGGAGGGAGGAAUCAGGAGAGGAAGAAGGAGGAAGGUGAGAAGGAGGGAGGAAUUAGGAGAGGAGGAAGGUAAGAAGGAGGGAGGAGAGAAGGAGGGAGGAAUCAGGAGAGGAGGAGAGGAGGCUGCUGUGCUGAGGUGGACGUGGCGGGUCCAGCGGAGGGAGCUUCAGUGACGGACCGAACCGAGGACAGGCGGCCAUGACCCGGACCUCCCGCAGCCUGGUCAGGUGUGGCCGGUGACUGCGUUUGAUUCCCAGAGGAGUCAGGGACACGCCCCCCAGCCCCUCCUCUCUGGUCAGAUCUCUGAAGAGACAGAGGGGGGAGUGGAGGACUCAGGUGGUCCUCAACAUCUCUUCAGGUGUUGACCCGAGCGAGGUGAGGAGGAUAAGCUCCGCCCCUCACCAUGACAGACUUAGAGAGCGAGUGUUUGAGUCUUGGUCUGCCCCCUGACUGCAGCUCCCCCCCCCCGCCCCUGGACCCCUCCCUGGUCUCUGCCCCGACGCCCUCUCUAGCUCUCCUCUCCUCCGACUGCCCGACGCCCACGCUCAGCUCGCUGGCGGCAGACGUGGCCGAGCCGCUGGUGAUGCUGCCGUGUGUGAAGAGCGAGCCGGAGGACGGAGACCUGGAGCCCAUCAGGACCGUGGACCUGUCGGAGAUCCAGUCGCUGUCGACCGCGGAGCUGGGCCAGGACCAGAUCAAGAUGGAGAUCAGCGGCCUGGACUACAUCAAGGCAGAGCAUCACGGUCUCCACAGCAGCCACCACCUGGGCCCGUUUGACCACAGUGACGCCUCGGAGCUGGACUACAAGUCGCACUACGAGCCCAGCUCCGUGUUCGACUACAUCUCCCAGGUCACGGACACGUUGGAGUACAUCAAGUCGGACCACCAUGUGGACCUGCAGUGUUACUACACCACAGAGCUGAGCUCCCUGAAGUCAGAGUACCCAGAAUCCAACGCCAUGUCCACCUACCUGCAGCACAACGCCCUGGAGUCCAUCCACAUGGCCGAGCUCCGCACCGAGCUCAACAAGCUGCGCCCUGACACCCUGCUCACGGACGGUGCUGGCAAACUGGACCCUGAGUUUGGAGGCGGGGCUCUGUAUGAGCUACAGCCGACCGAGGACGGGAAGGCGUCUGGGGAGGGGACCGGGCAGACGGGGGGGAGACUGCUCGUCACAACCAAGGGCCAGAGUCCGACGAUGAGGAAAGCUCGUAACAUGCAGGGGGAGAAGCCUUUCUCCUGCACACAGUGUGGGAAGAACUUCAGCACGCUGGGAAACCUGAAAACCCACCAGCGCAUCCACACCGGGGAGCGCCCCUACACCUGCUCGCAGUGCGGCAAGAGCUUCGGCCAGGCGGGGAACCUGAAGCGACACCAGCUGAUUCACACGGGCCAGAAGCCGUACGUGUGCGCUCACUGCCCCAAAGGCUUCACCAAGGCCGACGACCUGCGCUCACACCAGCGGCUGCACACCGGCGAGCGCCCGUUCAUCUGCGUCACCUGCGGGAAGAGCUUCGGCCAGUCGAAGGAGCUGAAGGCUCACCAGCUGAGCCACACGGGCGAGAGGCCGUACUGCUGCCAGCACUGCGGCAAGAGCUUCACCAAGGAGACCAGCUACCGCAACCACGUGCAGAUCCACACGGGCGAGAAGCCCUUCACCUGCUCGCAGUGCGGAAAGACUUUCAGCAACUCUGGCGUGUUAAAAACCCACGAGAAGAUCCACUCGGGCGAGCGGCCCUUCGGCUGCACGCAGUGCGGCAAGAGCUUCGGCCGCCUCGGCCACCUGAAGGCCCACCAGCAGAUCCACACGGGCGAGCGGCCGUACGCCUGCCCCCACUGUGGAAAGACGUUCAGCCAGUCGGGUCACCUCAAAGCUCACGAGCAGAUCCACAAACGAGAACACACGGACACGGGCAGCAGCAGCAGCAGCAGCAGCAGCAGCAGCAGCAGCAGCAGCGGGGGGAGUGACAGUAGUUAAGAGAAUGUCCAAACCCUUUAAUCUUGCGGAAAAACAAAGUAUUAUUCCUUUUUUAUAAAUGCUAUCUAUACAUUUUUUCUUUAUGAAUCUUUCUUACAUUUUAAUACCUUUUGUGCUCUUUAUAUAUGUGGCAGGGUGGACCGACUGAUUUGCUCUUAUGCAAGUGUCUGUGCGUGUGUGAGUUGGUGUGUGUGUGCGUGCGCACGUGUUAUGUACUGUGUGUGAGCGACUGAGGGGUGUGUAGAUAAUCUGUAAACUGGUCAAAGUGGGAACUUAUUUUUAAAGUACUUCACUGAAACAAGCACAAACACGUCUGAAGUUUAGAAACUUCCUUUUGUAUGUUUUUAGUGAAACUGAGCGGAACCUCGUUCACUGUGAAGAUCCAGAGUUUCACAAAGUGUUGCUGGUUCACACCUGCUGGUUCACACCUGCUGGUUCACACCUGCUGGUUCAGACCUGCUGGUUCACACCUGCUGGUUCAGACCUGCUGGUUCAGACCUGCUGGUUCAGACCUGAUGGUUCACACCUGCUGGUUCAGACCUGCUGGUUCACACCUGAUGGUUCAGACCUGAUGGUUCAGACCUGCUGGUUCACACCUGCUGGUUCAGACCUGCUGGUUCAGACCUGCUGGUUCACACCUGCUGGUUCAGACCUGCUGGUUCAGACCUGAUGGUUCACACCUGAUGGUUCAGACCUGAUGGUUCAGACCUGCUGGUUCAGACCUGCUGGUUCAGACCUGCUGGUUCACACCUGCUGGUUCAGACCUGCUGGUUCAGACCUGCUGGUUCACACCUGCUGGUUCACACCUGCUGGUUCAGACCUGAUGGUUCAGACCUGCUGGUUCACACCUGCUGGUUCAGACCUGCUGGUUCACACCUGUUGCUAUGGUCUCUGGAUCACAGACUGGUGUGAACUGGUCUCUGGAUCACAGACUGGUGUGAACUGGUCUCGUUUCAGUAUGAAAACUCUGGGUUUGGGUUUGAGUCUGAACUGAGACUUUGGACGUGGACGUUCUCUUCCUGAUUGGUUCUCAUCAGUCACAUGACUCGACUUCCAGAAAACCCUGCUCCUCCCUCAGAGGAGAUUCUGUUACUAAGCAACCAGCUGCAGAGGAGACAAUCUACUUCCUGUUUACACCACAUGACCUGUGGCUGUUAAUGGUCAUGUGACGUGUGUUUGUGUUGACAGAGAUCGAUAUUGUAGAAGCCUGAGGUUGUCUGACCCACGUGUCCUGUCACUGGGACCAACCUGAACCAAAGUACUUUUACUUUUCUCACUGGUUUAUUUACAAGAUUAUUUUCACAUAGUUCUUAUUUAACUAUUUCAUUGACGUAAAACAAUGAAUUAUGUAAUUGUGGAACAAACAGUCAUUGUAAGACUUGUUCGAAACUUUAUCAACAGAAAUUUGCAUAACAGGAAGUGACAUCUGGUCACGUGGAGACGCAGCAGCAGGUUUGAGCGGAUGAGUGUAGAAUGAGUGAAGUUACGUUUGCAAACACUUAAUGUAUCAGACGUACAUAAAUCACUAAACACAAACAACGUCUUAUACUUUAUGUUUUAGCUUGGUCUGUGUCCCAUCUGCUAACAUGGAGGAGGAGGAGUUUAUGACCGAUACUGAUGGAUCAAAAUGAUUUGGCUUCACUUUAGGGAACCGUCAUGGCAUCCAUCGUUAUUUACUGCUGUGGAUGUCUCUUGUUUAUUUUCUGAUUCAAAUCAGAAAAAAUAUUCCGAUAAAACGAGAAGUUUUUAUUCCUCCGUCAUCGUCUUGUCCGAGGUCACAACACGUUUCGCUCAGAACGUGAAACAGGCGAACGGGUCCUGGUUCAGUUUCCUCCGCAGUAAAAGUACUUUAACUCUGAGUACAACAAAGUGCCAGUACUUCUUCUGUUUCAGUACUUGCUGCCAGUUUAGUAUUUUACUCGCAGAUGUUAACUCAGUUACUGUGUUGGUAAAAAUGAUGAUGUAAUUUUGAUAUUUUUUAUGGACCAGUAUUGAUCGAUCGAGAUCUUUUUGUUGUUUGAUAAUCGGCUGAUACGACAUUCCUUAAGUUUUUAUAGCAGAAAAAUGAAAAUCAUUCCAGCCCCUCGCAGAUCGCUCACUGUGUUCAAAUCUGUCGAUAGUUAUUCCUAAAAAAAUUAUAAAACUUAAAACAGCAGCAAAACAGGUAAAGUUGAUGCAGCAUCUGUACUGAAGAGAAUUAUUAAAGAAACUAAUGGAA